AUGUAUUCAGAUGGCGAUUCCACGCACGUUGCGGUGACAGACGCGCAGUCGCCAGGAUUACGAAGAGGAAUCGCAACAACUUUGGAACGACUGCGCGUCGUCACGCCGAUUGGCGACGUUAUCACUAAACGCGCGUAUGCCCGCGUGGGUUUAGUUGGGAAUCCGUCCGAUGCAUACGGAGGCAAGUGUGUGGCGUUUACCAUUUCAAACUUUUUCGCUGAAGCGUCGCUACGCCGAACGCCAUCAUCGAAGCGCGUAACGUUCGCGCCGGGCCCGUACGACGGAAACGCGUUCGAUUCAUUCGACGCCUUGUCGACGCACGUAUCCCAACACGGUGUCGAUGGUGGUGUGCGUCUACUUAAGUCGCUAUGUUGCAACCUCAUGCGAUAUUGCGAGUCGACAAAGCAGAGAAUCGAUACGUCAUGUGGCUUUGAGAUGUCAUACACGUCGAACAUCCCGAAACAAACCGGCUUGAGCGGUUCGAGCGCCAUCGUCAUCGCCGCGAUGAGAUGUCUUCUCGAAAUGUAUAGAAUCAACAUUUCGUUGGAUGAUCAGACCGAGCUGGCUUUACGCGUCGAGCGCGAUGUCGGCAUCAACGCCGGACCGAUGGAUAGAGUCGCGCAGGUGUAUGAAGGCGCGGUGUUUAUGGAUUUCACAAAACCGCGCGCGUCAACAGCAUGCGGUUGGCGCAUUCACGGUGAAUACACGCGCGUGGAGACGGAUGAAUUGCCUCCUUUGUAUCUCGUGUGGGCCAAAGACAACGAGAGUGAGAGCUCUCGAAUUCACGCCGACGUUCGGCGUCGAUGGGACGCUGGAGACGCGGAUGUCGCAACGUCGAUGUCGCGCCUCGCGUCGCUCGCCGACGACGUAUUCAAAGCUAUGGCAACGCGACAAAUCAACGUCGAAGAACUCAAAACGUCGAUCGACACGAACUUUGAUAUUCGUCGAGCGCUUUUCGGUGAUCAAGCGAUCGGCGCGUUGAAUGUAACACUCGUCUCGGUGUGUCGCGAACGCGCGGGUUGUGCGGCAAAGUUUGCCGGCAGCGGUGGCGCUUGCGUCGUCGUUUGCGAAAACGACAGAGCGCGCGCUUUAAAGGAAGCGUGCGACGCGCACGGGUUCGAAGUCGAACGCGUCGUCGUGCGAAAGUAA